AUGAGUAUUCGAAAAAUAAAACAAAAUUAUUCCCAAUUUUUAAAUCAAACAAUUCAAUUAAAAGGUUGAGUGAGUAGUAAUCGCGGAGGGAAAAAAGUUUCUUUUUUAGUUAUACAAGAUGGUUCCGGACUAGCGAGUUUGCAGGUUGUUUAUCGAAAUGAAGUAAGUAACAAUUUUUCUUAUAGAGAAAUGCAAAAACUUCCGAUUGGUUCGGCAAUUUCGGUAAAGGGUAAAAUUGUCAACGCCAAAAACAAACAAGAAAUUGUAGAGUUAAAUUUAAUUGAAAUUCAAGUAAUUAAUAAAACGAAUGAAUCGUAUUUUUUGCAAAAAAAAGAGCAUACAAAAGAGUUUAUGCGUUCGCAUAGCGAAUUAAGAGCACGAAGUCGUUAUUAUUUGUCUAUUUUUCGAAUUCGAAAUGAAUUAAUUAAAUUAAUCCAUGAAUAUCUACAAAAUCAAGAAUAUCACUAUUUACACUCUCCGAUUUUAACCAACAACGACUGUGAAGGCGGAGGAGAAACCUUUAAUGUUUCCACAAAUGAAAAAAAUAAUUUUUUUAAAACAAAUGCUGUUUUAACCGUAAGUGGUCAAUUACAGGCCGAAGCCUUUGCUCAAUGUUUACGAAAAGUUUAUACUUUUGCUCCUACUUUUCGUGCUGACAAAUCUAAUACUCGAUUUCACACAUCAGAAUUUUGAAUGUUAGAACCAGAAAUUGCUUUUGCCAAAAUGGAGGAUGGUUUAUUGAUCGUUGAAUCGUUAAUUAAAAAACACGAACACUUUAUUUGUGAAGAAUUCAAAAAACCGGUUUUCAUUAUCAAUUAUCCCGAAAAAAUAAAAGCUUUUUAUAUGAAAUUGAACGAAGAUGGAAAAACAGUACGCGGUUUUGACUUACUGGUUCCCGAAAUAGGAGAAUUGGUUGGUGGCAGUGAACGAGAAAAUGAUUAUGAAAAAUUAAAAAUAGCCAGUGAAAAAAGAAAGUUAAAUAGUUCAAAACUAGAUUGAUAUCUCAAUUUAAGAAAACAAGGAUAUGGAGGUUCAACCGGAUUUGGAUUGGGUUUUGAUCGUUUAUUACUUUACAUCACGGGAGUGAAAAAUAUUCGCGAUGUAAUUCCUUUUUUUGUUGGAUUUAAUUCUCUGCAUUACUAA